AUGAGUUUGCUCCCCAGUCCCAAACUUUUUCUCAAUGGAUUAACAAGAAAGCCAGUAAUAGAGAAAUGUAAAUGCGGAAUGGAUUACAGAGGCUACCUGGUAUCUGUAAAUGACUGUAUGAAUAUGCAAUUCGCAAACACAGAAACAUACACAGACGGAGCCUUGUCUGGAUACCUGGGUGAAGUUUUAAUAAAGUGUAAUAAUGUCCUUUAUAUCCGAGAUGCUGAAGAAGAGGAAGAAGAUGAAGAAAUGAGAGAAUAG